UAACGUAAAUGUAACCGUUAAAUCAGCCUUAAUUUAAUGUUAUAGAUACCAAUUUAUAUUUUUUCUAUUUUUUUUAGUGAUAAAUAGAUUAUACUCAUUUUAUUUAAACUGACACUUGAAAGAUAAAAAUGGCCUAUAAAAGUUAAUUAUUUGAAAGAAGGGGCGCUAAUAACAAACGCUUGUUAAAAGCGAAGAAAACUGCGAUGGAGGAAAGUUACUUCUAAAAGAAAAGAGUGUAUUACGACUCACAAGUGAGUUGAUUUGGUGAGAUCGGAGGCGGCGUACGAGGAUGGACAAGGAAACCGUCAAGGAAUAUUUAGAGAAUUCGGCCAACAUCGAUGGCGAUGAACUGCCUUUGAGAUUCUUCGAACGCCUAAUCAUGCAUGGUCUCCGCGUUGAUCUCAUUGAAAUCGGUCGAGUCAUUUGCACUUUCAAGGUCCCCCCUCGUCUGUUGAACGGCAGUAAUUACUUGCAUGGUGGGGCCACAGCGACACUUGUGGACUUGGUUGGCUCAGCAGCAGUAUACACUGUUGGAGCUCCAUUCACUGGGGUUUCAGUUGAGAUAAACGUCACUUUCAUGGAUGCUGCAUAUGCUGAUGAAGAAAUUGAGAUAGAAGCAAGGGCUUUGCUUGUUGGGAAGGCAGUUGCUGUUCUCAGUGUUGAGUUUAGGAAGAAAAAUACUGGGAAAAUAUUCGCUCAAGGCCGUCAUACAAAGCACCUGUCUCGCCCAAGUAAAAUAGGGAGAUGGACAUCAGUGGUUGUUGCUGGCCCAUAAUUACAACCAAAGUAUCUGUGCAAGAGCCAAGAUAAUUUGGGACAAGACAAAUUUGGCAUCGGAGGAGUAUAUAUUCUUUUUAAUAUAAUUGUAGCAAAAAGUAAAAAAAAAAGUAUAUUCAAAUAAAAAUAUUAUUUUUACUAUACUUAAAAAAUUAAAAUAUGAAUGGUUAAAGUACCUAUU